UGAAAGGCUUUUUAGUCUCUUAGCGCAACACAAUAGAGCUAUUGCAGUUUAAAUAUCAUAAGAAAAUUUAAGCUAACGAAAAUUAACAUCUCGACGAGUAGUGACGAUAAAUUCAUAACCGAAAAUAUUUAAAUUUUUCGUAUUUGCAUCUACAUAAAUCCAUUAAUUUCCUUUUCGAAAAAGAGUGAUAUUUAUUUAUACGAGCCCCUUUAAAAUAUUGUGAAACUUUCUACAUUAUGUACACAGUCGAUUGUGGUCACAGGCCUAGGGAUAAGUAGUGUGUUGAAAUCUUUUUAUAGAAAAUUAGCGGUUUUUUCGUUUUGAGAAAUAAUUGUAUAUUAAAAAGCAUCACAACGGAGAAAGUCAAAAGAUAUUUAAAUAUGGCCACAUCAAAUACAAUUGUGCUGAAGAGUUUAUCGGUUCUUCUUGGACUAUUUUUUGUAUUUGUCGGAGCACUUAAACUAACACCUCACAUUAGCAAGGAUUUAUACAAAGAUUUGCGAACGGAAUAUGUAAAGUAUGCAAAGGUUUUCCCUCUCACUGCCUUGUUUGGAAUUAAAAUUCCUUCGAAAUGGUAUCGCCGCUGCGUUGGUAUUCUAGAAAUUGUAUGUGGCUUGGCGAUGGCUCUGAUUCCAUUUCAUAAAGUUAAGAAUGCUGCUAAUAUAACUUUGUUGAUGCUCAUGUUACUGGGAGUUUAUCAACAUUACAUGGUUAGCGAUCCGUUCGAGAGAUCUGGUCCAGCACUCGUUUUUACGUUCAUGCUUGGAGGAAGGCUUGUUGUAUGGUAUCAGACAAGUCGAAAAGAAACUGAUCCUACAUCGGCUAAUCCAGCACAAGCAAAUGGUAUCAAGCAGGACUAAAUUAAUUUCUAAUCAUCGUUUUUAUUUUUAAACCUAGCAGAAAUUGAACAAAAAUGACAUUAGAACUCAUAAUCCUUAUCGAAGCGAAAUGAUUAAAUUUAGUGAAUUAUUUUAAUUUGUGUCAACCCAUUUCUAGUCGUAGUUUUAAAAAACUCGUGAUAGCUACUUUUGUUUUUUUUUUAUUUACUAGCAUAUUUUACUUUUAAGUGCCAAACGAGAAUUGUGCGUGUUGAUCAUAGGAAUAUAAAUUUUUUUAUUUAAUACUCUGUCCUUUUGCACAACAAGAAAAUAUCCCUUUCAGUGAGGAAUUCACAUAUAUACAUACAUAAAUGACAAAGAAACGUUUUUUGAUUUUUAUUUUAAACACACAUUUUUAUAAAAAAAAAUCAUUUAAUAAAAAAAUUUAAUAAAAA